AGCGGGACUGCGGCGGGCAUUCUGACACUGGGGGGAACUGACUUGGUGUCACUGACAUACCCAGUGACAGCAAUACAUUGAUCAGUGCUGAAAAAAAGCGCUGACACUGUACUAAUGGCACUGGGCAGGAAGGGGUUAACAUGAGAGGCGAUCAAAGGGUUAACUGUGUGCUGGGAGUGUUUAACUGGGGGGGGGGGCGGUGUGUUGUGUUGGUGCUUCAGUGUAAGCACACUGCUCUGGAUGGCUGUUCUGUGCAUGCAAGUCGAUAGGGUAAAGGUUAUUGGAUAAAUUAGCGUGUCACCC